GUCAGAGUGAGGAUGACGAGGUGUUGGAGGAUGAAGAGCAGAGGAAGAGCAGCAGAGAGGCAUUUCUGAAGAUCACGCUGAACUUCCUGAGGAGAAUGAAGCAGGAGGAGCUGGCUGACUGUCUGCAGAGAAGAGGUGCUGUAGUGUGCCAACUUAAACUCAAGUCUAACCUGCAGAAAAAGUACCAGUGUGUGUUUGAGGGGAUCGCUAAAGCAGGAAAACCAACCCCUCUGAAUGACAUCUACACUGAGCUCUACAUCACAGAGGGAGGGACUGCGGACGUCAAUAACGAACAUGAAGUCAGACAGAUUGAAACAGCAUCCAGGAAACCAGACAGACCAGAAACAACCAUCAGCCAAGAAGACAUAUUUAAAGGCUCACUUGGAAGACACAAACCAAUCAGAACAGUGAUGACAAAGGGAGUGGCCGGUAUUGGGAAAACAGUCUUAACACAGAAGUUCACUUUGGACUGGGCUGAAGACAAAGCCAACCAGGACAUACAGUUCACAUUUCCAUUCACUUUCAGAGAGCUGAAUGUGCUGAAAGAGAAAAAGUGCAGCUUGGUGGAACUUGUUCAUUACUUCUUUUCUGAAACCAAAGAAGCAGGAAUCUGCAGGUUUGAGGAGUUCCAGGUCGUGUUCAUCUUUGACGGUCUGGAUGAGUGUCGACUUCCUCUGGACUUCCACAACAAUGAGACCCUGACUGAUGUCACAGAGUCCACCUCAGUGGAUGUGCUGCUGACAAACCUCAUCAGGGGCAGACUGCUCCCCUCCGCUCGCCUCUGGAUAACCACACGACCUGCAGCCGCCAAUCAGAUCCCUCCUGAGUGUGUUGACAUGGUGACAGAGGUCAGAGGGUUCACUGACCCACAGAAGGAGGAGUACUUCAGGAAGAGAUUCAGAGAUGAGGAGCAGGCCGGCAGGAUCAUCUCCCACAUCAAGACAUCGCGGAGCCUCCACAUCAUGUGCCACAUCCCAGUCUUCUGCUGGAUCACUGCUACAGUUCUGGAGGACGUUUUGAAGACCAGAGAGGGAGGAGAGCUGCCCAAGACCCUGACUGAGAUGUACAUCCACUUCCUAGUGGUUCAGACCAAACUGAAGAGCAUCAAGUAUCAUAAAAGUACCGAGAUGGAUCCACACUGGAGUCCAGAGAGCAGGAGGAUGAUUGAGUCUCUGGGAAAACUGGCUUUUGAGCAGCUGCAGAAAGGCAACCUGAUUUUUUAUGAAUCGGACCUGAUUGAGUGUGGCAUCGACAUCAGAGCAGCCUCAGUGUACUCAGGAGUGUUCACACAGAUCUUUAAAGAGGAAAGGGGACUGUACCAGGACAAAAUGUUCUGCUUCGUCCAUCUGAGUGUUCAGGAGUUUCUGGCUGCUCUUCAUGUCCAUCUGACCUUCAUCAACUCUGGAGUCAAUCUGAUGACCGAAGAACAAACAACUUUCCAUGCAGUCAGAGAGAAGCCUAAACGAACACAUCUCUACCGCAGUGCUGUGGACAAGGCCUUACAGAGUCCAAAUGGACACCUGGACUUGUUCCUCCGCUUCCUCUUGGGUCUGUCACUGCAGACCAAUCAGAGACUUCUACGAGGUCUUCUGACACAAACAGGAAGUGGUUCCCAGGCCAAUCAGAAAACGACCAAGUACAUCAAGAAGAAGAUAAGCGAGAAUCUGUCUCCAGAGAGAAGCAUCAACCUGUUUCACUGUCUGAAUGAACUGAAUGAUCGCUCUCUAGUGGAGGAGAUCCAACAGUCCCUGAGAUCAGGACGUCUGUCCACAGAUAUACUGUCCCCUGCUCAGUGGUCAGCGCUGGUCUUCAUCUUACUGUCAUCGGAAGAAGAUCUGGACGUGUUUGACCUGAAGAAAUACUCUGCUACAGAGGAGGCUCUUCUGAGGCUGCUGCCAGUGGUCAAAGCCUCCAACAAAGCUCUGUUGAGUGGGUGCAACCUCUCAGAGAGAAGCUGUGAAGCUCUGUCCUCCGUCCUCAGCUCCCCGUCCUGUAGUCUGAGAGAGCUCGACCUGAGUAACAACGACCUGCAGGAUUCAGGAGUGGAGCUGCUGUCAAAGGGACUGGAAAGUCCACAUUGUAAACUGGAAACUCUCAGUCUGUCAGGCUGCCUGGUCACAGUGGAGGGCUGCGCUGCUCUGGCCUCAGCUCUGAGCUCCAACCCCUCACACCUGAGAGAGCUGGACCUGAGCUACAAUCACCCGGGAGACUUAGGAGUGAAGCUCCUGUCCUCUGAAAAGACGGAUCCACACUGGAGACUGGACACUCUCAGGGUGGACCACGGUGGACAACAGAGACUGACACGUGGUCUGAGGAAGUGGUCCUGCUGUGUUCAGUGUGAGAAAGAAAUCUUCCUCCUUUGUACAGAAACAAUGGCGCAGGUCCAGCCCGACACCGCGGAGGACUGCAAGGAGCUGGUCCGAGCCGACCAACCGGACCCGGACACCCGGCGCAAGGCUUAUCGGUGGUGCCGGGAGUUUCUCCAUGGAGCCUGGAAGAGCCUGGCGGAGGACGACUUUCACAUCACCAUCAUAAGGGGUGGUCUGAGCAACAAGCUCUUCCUGUGCAGCCUCCCUGACAGCCUGGACACUGUGGGGGACGAGCCCAGGAGCGUCCUGCUGCGUCUCUAUGGGGCCAUCCUGCAGGCUUCCCAAAGGAGCGUGCCUUGGGCACUCUUGUUCCCAGGUGAACCCACCAAAAAACACGAUGUCCUGUAAUAAAGGGAUUCCCGACAGUCAAACAAAGAAAAUCACUUCCAAGGGGCCGAGGCCAUGGUGUUGGAG